AACAGAGCUAUUACACUAAAGCGAUCUUACCAUGAGAAGUGCUAACAUCAACAUCCGACACUCUGAAUUGUCUUGGAGGGUGCUUCUCCUCGCAACACUUGCUUUUCUCGGCAUAGCAACCGCCAUUCGUCCUUUGACGACCUCCGACGUCGAAGUUUAUUCGUUCGAAAGCUUUGUGGAAGACUUUUCCAAGACGUACGCCUCGCCCGAUGAAUACGAGCAUCGACGAGGAAUUUUUUGCCGCAAUCGAGACAUCGUCCUCACGCACAAUCGACAGCGUCAGCAACACCAGCACCAGUUGGGCGUGAACGAAUUCAUGGACGCAACGGACGACGAAAUACCCAAAGGAUACGAAAAAGCUUCCAACACCCGUGCAACUCAGGCCAUUGCUACCCAGCGUCGACUGAAUGAUGAGCAGGGCUUGGAAAGUCUCGUGCUUUCGCCCGUUGCGGAACUUCCCAACAGUGUUGAUUGGCGCCAAAAGGGAGUCGUCACUCCAGUCAAGUCUCAGGGGGGUUGUGGGUCGUGUUGGGCUUUUGCGACGACUGCCAUGUUGGAAUCGCAUGUAGCGAUUCAUGCGGGAGUCCUCUUUGAACUAUCCACCCAAGAAUUGGUUUCGUGUAUGGUAAAUCCACUCCAAUGUGGUGGGAACGGAGGCUGCACUGGGGCUACUGCCGAGCUCGCUUUGGAGUUUGUCCGACAGCACGGAAUGGUGCAGGAGUGGGAAUUUGGCUACCAAUCGUAUCAUGGUGCAGCGGUCAACUGUACCUUACAGGAUGUAGAAUCUGCUCUGCUUCGUGGUGCGAACAAGACGCACUACAAGGGCGCAGUGGCUUCCAUUCAAGGGUGGGUCGCACUACCAACGAACAAUUACACGACACUGAUGAAUGCCGUUGCGAAAGUAGGGCCUGUAGCUGUCAGUGUUGCCGCUACUCCAUGGGCACUGUAUAAGGAAGGGGUAUUUGAGUCUUCCAUGAAAUCGGAGAAGGAAACAAACGUGAAUCAUCUGGUUGUCUUGGACGGGUACGGUACGGACGAAGAAACAGGUGUGGACUAUUGGUUGGUGCGCAACAGCUGGGGGCCGAUGUGGGGUGAGGAUGGCUACAUUCGUUUGAAGCGUGUUGAUCCCGUGUCCCUGACUGAUCCAGAAAUGGAUUGCGGUAUGGAUGUUACCCCCAGUGACGGCGUUGCUUGUACCAUUGAUGACAAAGGCAACUCCGUGAUUCCUCCGGCGGUGAAAGUUUGCGGAACGUCGGGGAUUUUAUUUGACUCCAGUCUUCCCUUGGGACCAUACUUGGUAAAGUAGACGCAAGUAGCGGUACAGAUUAAAUCUUCUCUCUCGGCAGAAUGUGUACACAACCAAGUUAAAGACCUUAUCGCUUACGACUUAUAAAUAGUCAGCUUCCAGUCCU